AUGGACUAUCAUUUAGAUUCUUCACUCAUUUACGACGAUGAUGGCGGGGAGUCUCGAUACUCGGAUGAGGAGGCUGGGUAUACUUACGACGAACGAUACUAUCGAUCAGAUUCCCCGCAAGGGAUGAGUUUGGGGAUGGAGAUGGGAAUGGGAGGCUUAGGCGGCGGAAUGAGUCUCGGCGAUGAAUUGGCGAAAGCUAUGGAGGUCGAUAGUGGCCUCGGCGGUAGCGCUGGGGAGCAAGAGAUGAGGGAGUCUUAUGAAGGUGAUGGAUAUGGUGACCCAGCUGACGAUAGCGAUGACCCUGCUCUCCCGCUACAGAGUCUCGAUGCAAGGAUUGCGGAGUUGCAGGCUGUGAUUGAGGAGACCUUUGCGCCGACACAGCAUGAGGGGACAUACGAUGAGCUGGGAGAAACGAUCACGGUACAAGAGGAUGCGAUACAAAGUCUGAUAGUAGGACUACAAGCACGGUUAGGAGAUCAAUCGGCUGUGGAGAAUGGUGCAUCGAGAUUGAUCACGGUACAUGCGGCAUUGACGUCAAGUUUAACACACAAAAGCCGACAACUAGGCGACCUGAAACUCGCUCUUCCCUUGACGCCAUCACCACCACUACCAGAUAUCGCGGAGGACGACUCACCACCACCACCCCCAUCCCUACAGUCUCUCCUCGACACCCUCCAAUCCCUCAUCCCACCACCAUCCCUCGCCUCCCUCGACGCCCUCCACACCCUAACAACCUCCCUCACGUACACCCUCUCCUCCCUCUCCGACUCUAUCCAGGAAAUCAAACAAACUGAGGCAUUGGCGGGGAGGAAGUUGAAGGUUGUUAGGGGGUUGGUGGAGGAGUGGCAGUUGGAGUUGGCGGGAGUGGAACGGUCGAGAGAGUGGAUCUCGAGUGAGAGGAAUCGGUGGAAGACGGGUGGGGUGGUUGGGAAGGAGUUGAGUAAUGUCAUUGGAGGAUUCGAAGAGGCAUUGAGGGGGAUGGAGAAGCGGAUCGAAGCAUGGUAA